AUGAGCAACGUGCUGCGAACGGUCAUGUACCAGCCACUCUCAACGUCGCCCUCGUCGAGCAAAGAAGACGUCGAGGUGGACGACUCAUUCGGCGACGAGAUACGAACCACUUCCGAUGUGCGCAUGGCUUCGCCUUGGACCCGCGAUGUCUAUAUCGCGGUAGCACUCUGCAUCCUCUGCACGCUGGCGAACGGCGCGCUCUCGCUUUUGCCGUCAUUGUACCCGCGCGUGUCAUCUCAGUCUCGGUCUCAGCGGCUCAGCGACCUCGCCAACAUGCGCACGAGCGAUAUCGGUAACUUGAGGCGUCCGUCUCAGUUCAUCAACUUCGACAAGAUCGACCGUCCAGCCCCUGCUCAGUAUAACUUUACCAACUACCCUAUCUUGACGGCGCCCGUCGACAGCGCGAACGUCCGCAAAGUCUUCCCGGUGGAUUCCAAGAACUACAUGCCCAAGGUUGGGACCAUAUCCCCUCGACAACAUCAUGUUCUGGUGAAGGACACGAUCUCGACCAUUGUCCAGUUCCGGGCGCUUGACUGGGGAAUGGAGAAGUGCGAACUACGUCUAUCCCUUCCCGCCGUCGCUUCCGAUGCCCUUGUCGAUCCUGGGCAUGUGGCUACUCUAUCGCUCUAUCGACUCAACACGACGCAACAGCUCGAUCCGUCCGUGCUCACGUACGCCACACGUCCACAACGGGUGUCAAAGGUGGCGAAUAUCGACCUUCGCCACGGCGAGGAGGUCGUGUGGCAUCGCAACUUCGCUUGCUCGAUGGAGCAGUUGCUGACGUUCGAAGUCGCUUGCUCGAUCAACGAAGACGAUGGCAGCGGUUGCUCCGUUGAAUGGUGGCAAGGCAUUGAAGAACCCAAUCCCGCCAUAUACAUGAUUCAGCAUUCCACCGCAUGA